UGGCUCAGGGUCCCCUCUGCCCCCCUCCUCCCCGCGCGCCUCCCUGCCCCAGGUCUCCCCGAGUUCUGCCGAGACGCUGGAGGUCUGGACCCCGCGCGGUCGAGUCGCGGGCGCUCCGCCGCACUCCGGGGCAGCGCUGACGGGGGGGCCCCGACUGUAUACAGAGGGCGGGCCGCGCCGGGGCCGAGAUGGCCGACGGCGGCGGCGGAGCGCCGGCAGAGGGCCGCGCCGCGGAGGGGAGGUCGCACGGAGUCGUGAAGACCAGGGACCAGAAGCAGCUGCUCGAGGAGAAGAAGAACCUCGAGUACGACUUCAAGAAGGUCCAGGACCAGCUCCGCCAGGCCCGGGCCAGCUCCGAGGAGAGGGCCCAGGAGCUCCAGGAGUGCGAGCACAGGAAGGAGGAGCUGGAGCAGGAGGUGCGGAGCAUCCGAGACGGCCAGAGCGCGGCGCUCGGCGCCGACGAGAAGGCGAAGGUCGUCGAGAUCGCCGAGGGGUGCAUCCGGAAGUACAUCUCCACGCGGGACGGCCGUGAGCGUACCAUGACCGUUGACGUGCACUAUUUCUCGGGCGGCGACAAGACCGGCGCGGGGCUGCUGGGAGGCAGCGAGGGCGCGGGAUCCCGCCUGCUGCAGACGGAGGUGCAGCUGGACUGGAAGGUCAAGAAGCUUGCGAACCGGGCGGCGAAGCACUGGGGCCUGGACGAGAGAAAGGUGUUCUUCCUCGACAGGGACGGCCGGAUCCUGCCCGAUGAGAUCCAGCUCAGCGAGGUCAUCCUGCCGCCGCGCCAGCGCUCCGCGUCGUCCGCCUCGCGGCGGCCCGAGGCGCCGGGGGCGGCCGACGCGCUGCCGGCGCUGCAGGGCCCGCCCGCCGAGCGGCUCGCGCUGGAGGGCGGCGCGGGCUCCGCGGGGCCGCCUCCGGGCGGCGCGGCCGCGGGCGCCCUGGCGCCCGCGGGCCUGCGGGAGCUGCGGCCGCCGGCCGGCGGCGGCCUGCCGGGGCUGCCGCAGGAAGCGGGCGGCGAGGUGAGCGAGGUGUGCGCCGUGGAGGGCCGGAACUAUAAGCUCACGCUGGUGCCCGCGGAGGCGGCGCUGCAGCGUGAGGACCUCACCAAGCCAAAGGGCGAGAAAUACGACGACUUCACGUUCGACCUGAGCGCGCUGGAGCACGACCUGGAGCAGACCAGGAAGAAGCAGGGGGUGGGCAAGACGGUCGAGGCGGUGAAGAUGGAGGACAUCCCAUCGCUUGCAGACCUCAUCAACAAGGGCAAGAACAAGAAGAUGAAGCAGCGGCAGGACAAGCUGUGCCGGCGGCUCGAGUUCUUCCUGUUCGUCAUUCAGACGAUCGUGUUCUACUUGACAAUCAGCCCUGACUCCCGGCAGACCAUUUUGAACCGGUACGUGAUCGAAGGUAGCACCACGGUUCUCGAACGGUUCGUACCCGCGGAGCGCAGCACUGUCGGGGCGGCGGCCUUCAUGAACGUGACGCAGCACAUAGAGUACAGCGCUUGGCUGAAAGGACCGCUGCGGCGCGGUCUGUACGAAAAUACGCUGAGAGACCUGAACGUCCACCCGCUCGCGGCGAGCGCCUGGGCAUUCAAGCCAGAGGAGUCCGACCUGUCCGACCUGAGCUUCUGCCCAGAGGCGCCCGCGGCCUCAACCUGCAACCUGAGCGAAGCCGCCCCGGAGCCGCCGACGAACGACAGCAGCCAGCAGUGCUAUGACGGAGGGUUGCGACGUUGCAAGAACAGGAGGGUGGUGCAGGUGUUCAGCGACGCCGCCAGGGACUGCCACAGCGUGCCAGCGUGCCGGCCACAGAGCAAGAAGAGCGACCUGAGGAGCAUCGGGUACAGCGCGGUCCUGCCACGGUGGUCCAUGAUCGACGGGAAGGUUAACUCUUACAGCGACGGGAUCGCCACGCGGUUCAACUUGUCAGAUCCCAGCGAUUUCGAUAACGCCAUACCUUCCAUGGAGGACUGGCGGUAUGGAGACGUCGUCCUCGUCGCCCAGAUGAUUCUGGUUUUCGUCUAUUCCCCCACCACGAAUUCUGUCUAUGCCUUCCAGCUGCUGGCGGAGGAGACCCUGUCAGGAAGCAUCGUCACUAGCCGCGUCAGCUCCGUGGUAUCGUUCGUUCCAGACGAUGCGUGGAUGUACUUCUUUCACAUCAUGGUGUUUCUCACCAGCUGCACGACGCUGCUGCUCGAGCUGCGCAGAGUGUUCGCUUGGCCGAGAUUUACUUUCGUGGUGACCUCGCUGGAUGAUGACGAUCCGGAGCUGAGGGGCCUGACCCCAGAAAAGAGAGAUGAGAAGAAGGCAGAGCACAUGAAGAAGGAGAUCGACGAGCAACGAGAGCACGGCUCGGUAUGCACGCUGAUUGUGUUCUUGCUGUUGCCCCUUGUGCAGCUUGCGGUCUUCAUCAUGUUCUGCCUGAGGAACUCUGUGGACGCAGACGACAUGGUGACCGUCAGCGACAAGCAGAUAAGCGCAGAUGUGGAGGACGAGCUCUUCCGCCGCUACCGGCUUCAAUAUUUCGAGGAGGGCCUUCAGCUGCUUUUGCUCUUUGCCGUCAAUGCGCUAUACUGGCGGUACCUGCUGAUGUUUUUCCCGGAGCUUCAGUCAACCAGCAACAUGGCCGCCCAGUUGGCGCGGCCUCUGGGGUACGCCUUGCUGGCCCUGCUCCUCGUGUUCUUGGCAUUGUCAUCGUUCACGUUCGCAGUCUACAGCACCAAGUUCUUCGGGUGGCAUGCUCCGAUCCCGACCCUGCUCAGAGCGGUCGCGAUCGCGCAGGGUGAUUCGCCAGGCUAUGAUCUGUACAAGCUGAGCCCAGCAGCGUUCACCAUACUCAUUCUCGGGGUGUUUGUGGUUGUCACGAUGAUUAUGAACAACAUUGCACUUGCAAUCAUGGUCUCGUAUUCGAAGGAGAGGGACCUCCGCAAGAACUACCAGUACCACAAGCAGUGGCAGCAGCACUCCUGGCAGAGCAAGAAGCAAGCUGGAGCCGACGGACAGGGCAGCAGUUUCAACCCCGCGACGGCUGGCCUGCAGUUCUGGGUUGAGCUUGACGACAAGAAAAGGGAGAGGUCCAGAUUCAAGAAGAAGGACGUGUCUACCUGACGACUGUUCUGGCAUGUCCUCCCGACAUGAAUGCCCCGUCUCUUCUUCCUCACUCCUUCCUCCUUGAGCUGAAAGCCAGCUGCGCGUUUCACCCGCUGCUCGGCGCGGGACACACCGUACCGCUGUGGCAUGCCGCUUCCCCCUUGACCGGGGCCAGCCUUCCGGCUGAACGUAUUGCAAGCGAGUCGAGCCUUUCCUUCCUCCCUCCCUCCUCCCUCCUCCUUCGCCUCCUCCUCGCCUCCUAAUCCUCCUCC